CAGAGAUAACGGAUUUCACUUUUUUUUUAAAUGAUGGACCGGGCUGUUUUUUCCACUUAUUUUGCAGUCAGGGACGGACUUACGGCGUAUGAACAAGUCUCCAUUUCUUCCUUUUCUACUGGACAUGCAUUUCAGUUUGGAUUUUAUCUCUGAAACUCAUUUGGGAGUUUAAACCGACCGACUGGCGUUUACUUGUGUGGGAAUGUAACGUUAGUUCAUCUCGAGCUCUCAAAACAUUUUAAAUAACUUUCAAACCUAUUAUUUUAAUGGAUAUGAAGACACCGUUGGAGUAAUUAAACACCUUUUUGUGAUUUUUGAAGUUUUUUUUCUGGAAGUGGAGGUGGACUACUGUUGUCCCGAAAAGUUUUCAUCAUCCAACUAAAAGCUAGCUAGCGGCAAAGAAUGCUAUUUUCUGCUAAUCUCAGCCGUUUUAAUAGUUUGGUUGUGUUUAUGUGAAAUUAAAAACAAUUAUGAUUUCUGAGGAGAGAAGCAGCCACGUAAAUAAACAAGCCCUGAAUUUCCCUGUGGGUUUACUGAUCCGCUCUCCGAAGAGGCGACUGGCCAAACUGGGGAGGAAACCCAGCAAUGGAUCUGUCCAGUCCAACAACUCGGACACCACUGUGCGGUCCUCAGAGAGCGUGGGUGUUCGGCAGCCAGCCAAGAGCAAAAUCCGCCGCCACAACAACAGGCUUUCCACUGUUUUCAACCACAGCCCCAACCUGCGGGACAGUGGACGCCGGGGCCAGGCACAGGGCAGUAGGAGCCUGGCCGGGGAUCUCCAGGCUGCAGACGACCCGGCCGAGCUGUCCAGCCAAAUGUCUGUCCCUGGCAUCCUGAAGAUCUUCGGCAGCGAUAUCUGUCAGGGGACCAACUACAAGAGCGUGCUGGCCACCACUCAGUCCAACGCAAAGGAACUGGUGAAAGAAGCCUUGGAGAGGUACUGUCUGGAAAAAGAGGACCCCAAUGACUAUGUGCUCUGCGACGUGAUUGGACAGAUGGGUGGAGAUAACCAGUGGAAGAGGGAGUGUUUUCGGGUGGUGGGAGACAACGAGAAGCCCCUGAUGCUACAGUCGCUUUGGAAACCCAAGGAAGGCUUCUCCAGGCGUUUUGAAAUCCAGCUGAGAGCAAGCGUUGAAGAGCAGAGUUUAAAGGACAGAGACACAGUCACAGCAGGCAUCAAUGCUCAGGCUCGUAAGCUGCAGAAGAGCCGCUCCAGAGUGACCUCUCUGUUUGUGGACGGCAGCGGGGAGGAUGUGGACGGACUCGGGAUCUGGAGGAGUUUGAGCGAGAUGGAUCUGUCUGCUAUGGGGAAGGAGGCCAGCCGGGCCCAACAGAGCGCGCUCAGAGAGGAUCCCGAGGCCGAGGCUGACAAGGAGGUGCUGCGACUCGGCAUGGAGAAGGAGGAGACGGAGAGCAGUGACGACAACACCACCCAGUACUCCAUUCACCCACCCUUCGACUUCCCUUACUUCCUCCUGCUGCAGGGCUACAGCCACAGACAGGACUUUGUCAUCUACUUGAUGAGUGGGACGACCACCAUCUUUGGCUGCUGUAGAGAACACUGUAAUGGUGAGGAUGAGGAGAGGUUAAAGGUCGACAUCCUUCUCUUUGCUCCUGACGUGUUGCCUCAACACUGCUGUGUCAGACGCUUGGACUCUCACAACCAAAGCUCCACAGGAGAGCACAAAAAGACACUGACAAUGCUGAAGCCCCUCCAUGGGGCUCCUGUGACGAGAAAUGGUUUUCUCCUUAAAGAGGAGGUGGAGCUGAACCCUGGGGACUUGGUGGGUUUGGGGAAACACUACCUGUUCAUGUUUAAGGAUCCUACCAGCACAUCAGGGUCCCCACAGACGCCUCAUUGGAUGACCAGACUCUGCCCAAACUCUGAUACAAAAAUGUCAUCCUCUUGUUUAUCAUGUGGCUCCUCUAUUGCCAUGAAAAGGUUCCAGAGGAAGCCUUUACCUCCUCGUUGGAGGGACCUGGAAGGCACAGAGGCUUUGGUAAGCUAUGAGCUGGAGCAGGAGGAAAGAGUACUGCAGGAGAUUUUGGACAUGUUGGACCCCAGUGGGAAUGAACCAAAGCUGACACCUGCUUUCCUGCUGAGCCUCUGUAUCCAGCACUCAGCCUCCACGUUCGAGCUGACACACUUCAGACAGCUGCUGCUCCGGAUAGCCAGCCAGAUCCAGCUCAUCAUGUGGGAGAAGACAAAGGAACUUGCAGCGAUCCAGCCAGAAACGAGCUCUGGUGAGGGGCAGCCCGAUCACCUUCAGCUGCUCAGUAUGGAGGAGCUGAUCCCAGGUCUGCAGCCGCUGGUGCUGUGGAUGGCCAACUCCAUUGAACUGCUGCACUUCAUCCAGCACGAAGUCCCUCAGCUGCUGCCCUGGAGGCAGGACCAGGAGGACGAAGGCCUGUUGGACUCUGAGAUGUCAUUCACUCGGACAGCUUGUGAGGAAGCCAUGACAGUCCUGGAGGAAGUCAUCAUGUUCACCUUUCAGCAGUCUGUCUACUACCUAACAAAGAGUAUGUAUUCAGCUCUGCCUGGUCUGCUGGAUGGGAACCCAUUCUCAGAGAGUGGUCAGCUGCGAGUGCCUGACGGACUCAGCGGCAUCCUGGAGGUGCUGAAGGAGGCGCUGAAGCUUCUCAAGGCUUUCCAGGUGCAUCCGGACAUCUCAUUACAGCUCUGUGCCUACCUGUUCUUCUUCAUCAACGCAUCGCUGUUCAACGCCCUGAUGGAGAGAGGAUCUGUUGCUGGGUUCUACCAGUGGUCGCGAGGUGUUCAGAUCCGGGCCAACCUGGACCUGCUGAUGGACUGGGUCCAGAGCAUCGGACUGGGCGAUCUGGCCACUGAGUUCUUCCAGAAGCUUUCAGCUGCUGUCAAUCUGCUGGCCACACCCAAAGAAACCCUCCUCCAGGCGUCCUGGACUUCUCUCAGGACUGAGUUUGCUGCCCUGAACCCGGCCCAGCUUCACCACAUGCUGAGGGAAUAUAACUCUGGUAAAGCCUGUCCCACCGGAUGGACCCCAUCACCGGAUGAUGGUCAGGACGCUGUUAGGACAGGCGACAUCCUGGAGAGCUUCGACAGCCACCCGCCGCUCAUCCUGCCCAGCAGCACGUUUCACCUGGAGCUAGGUAAACCCAUUGUGGAGCCGGCGCUGUUUGAACAACUCGGUCAUCUGCAGGAGUUCAUUCGCCAGCUCCCCUGCAGCGAAACCCAAGCUGGACCGGAUGUGGAGGAACAGGCUCUCAAUGGGACAACUACAGACAGCCAGUCUACGACCUCACCCUCCAUCAGAGUCUUCCAGGAUCCUGCCCAUCAGGGGGUCUCUGACCUGGUCACCUGCCUCUCUCCUGAGGCAGACCUGGACUGUACUGCCCCUGCAGAGCCCGCUCAGGUCAGAGGAUCUCACGGCGACCUGAGCAGCUGUGAAGCAGUCCUGACCCAGAAGCUAAAGAGCCUGGAGCUGCAGAACGCUCUCCCAGGACAGGUUGACAUGGGCUACCACAAGAGCCUGGCGCUGGACCCGUCCUGCCUGCUCACGCCACCCAACACCCCCCAGGGUAUGGAGCUGGCCGAGCUGGAGGCUGAUCUGCAGGAGGGCGCCCGUCAACAAAAGAAAGCCAGUGGAUGUGCUGAGAGGAAAACAGAAAAUGUGGAGGAAGAAGAAGAAGGAGAGAAAGAAGAGGUGUUCACGGUGGAGCUUCACAGAGGACCUCAUGGUCUGGGGCUGGCGCUCGUAGACGGAACGAAAACCCCACUGAGAAUGAGCGGGAUUUAUGUGAAGUCAGUGGUUCCUGACUCUCCUGCUGAUCAGUGUCAGAAACUGAGAACAGGCGAUCGCAUCCUGGCAGUUAACGGCAUCAGCUUGGUUGGAAUGGAAUAUAAUGUUGGUAGAGAACUGAUUAGAUCAUCAGGAAACUCGCUCAGGCUGCUCGUCGCCAAGAUCGACUCAAAAACAAGCAGCAAGGGCUCGACUAAAUGCUGAAGGAAAAAACACUGACGAUCAAGUGCAACCAGGAAUACUGGAGGAUGUGAGCUUCAUAUUUCCUGCUGCAUCCAAAGUCAGUGUUUCUCACAGAAUGGAUUCCCUGACCAAAGGAAAACACUCUCCCUGCUUUUUAUCUCAUUCUCACUGUGAGAUAGAGCAUGUAGGUGUGUGUGUGUGUGUGUGUGUGUGUGUGUGUGUGUGUGUG